ACCUCUCUCUCCUACACCAAAACAUAAAUCACCACUCGACAAAACUCUGUGUAAUAAAAGUUCAACGCCUACAAUAAUGCACUUAAUUUAAUUUCUAUUGUAUAUUUCCUUAGUCAAGAAUUUAUUUAUUUAUUUGAGAAUUUAAGGUGGAGCAUAUCAUAUAUACUCUUGCCUCCUCCUGUCUUGUAUUUAUAAGUAUAUAUUGCAGCCAAAAAGGAAAAGGCUUUGUUGUUGUCUAGAGAGAGAUGGGAAGAGCGCCGUGCUGUGAGAAAGUGGGGUUGAGGAGAGGGAGAUGGACUGCAGAAGAAGACGAAAAGCUUACAAAAUAUAUUGAGGAAAAUGGUGAAGGCUCAUGGAGAUCAUUGCCCAAGAAUGCAGGGUUACUUAGAUGUGGAAAGAGUUGCAGACUGAGAUGGAUCAAUUAUUUGAGGUCUGAUGUUAAGAGAGGAAAUAUAUCUGCUGAAGAAGAAGAAAUCAUCAUUAAUCUCCAUGCAUCUAAGGGGAACAGGUGGUCACUAAUCGCGGCGCAUUUGCCGGGUAGAACAGACAAUGAAAUAAAAAACUACUGGAAUUCCCAUUUGAGCAGAAAAAUCCACAGUUUCCGGCGCCCCAAUCCCAACUUCAUCCCGCCGCCGCCGUCGAGCAAGAAGGCCACGAGCGUUAACCGAAGAGGCAGCCGGAAGCGCCCGGGGCAUCAGGAAGACGCCGCCGUUGUCAUGCCGACUACUCCGACUCCGGAAAGGGAGGCGGCCGGAAGAAUCGCGACGGAGGAGAGAGAGAGCGGCAGCUCCAUCUCCAUGCUGGGAGAUAUUGUGGAGGAUUUGAGCGGGCUUUGGGGCCCGGAAUUCGAGAUAUCGCGGGUCGGGCCGGGAAGUGAAAACGGGGACACGGGUGAGACUUCGUUUAAAUGUAACGAGUUCGGGCUCGGGGAAACGGGUUCGGGCCUAGGGGUGUCCUCGGAAAUUUACGAAAACACAUUUUCGUGGAUGUUAGAUGAUGACUGCGAUGAAAUCUGGGAUUCCACCCACCAAGGCUUGGACGAUGUCAUGUUUUCAUGGCUGCUAUCAUAAAAUAGAUCCAUUUUUCUUAAUUUUUUUUACAAGGGAUGUGAAAUGUCAUAAAUUGUGAUUACUUUAAAGUCCCAAAUCAUAAAAUGAUUGGAUUGAAUUUACAAUUGCGGUUGGGUGUAAUUGGAUGAGUGAAGUGGUAGCUUUGUC